AUCUUCCAAUAGUACAACGAAGAUUCCAUAGAAUAACGUUUAUUCGAAUAGAGUAAUCUUAACAAAAUGAAGGCCUUUAAAUUCUGUAUCUGCGCUUUAGCAUAUAUCUGAAGAUAUCAUUUGAACAAAAUGAAAAGUCUCGUGCUUUACAUUUGUAUUUUAAUAAUUGCUCCGUCUAGCUCAACAGAACUAAAAAAAUUCGAAAAUUUAAUAGAAACUAUUAAUGAUGACAUGGAAGCUUGCAAGAUUAAAAAUAAUGUGACUGAAGCUGAUGUCUACAAUCCGGAAGAGAUAAUGACUGACUUACCUACCCAACCUGAAAAUGAAGAAAGAAGAAGAAGAGUUGGCUGCUGGAUUGCAUGUAUCUUAAAAAGACAGAAUUUAAUGGAAGGAUCAAACAUUAAGGAAGCACAAAUUUAUGUAAUAAUAAAUAUGGAGUAUACUAAUAUUUCUCAACAAGUCAUUAUUCACAGAAUUACGCGUAAAUGCAUGAAACAAGUAAGAAAUAUUACACAAGAAUGUGAGAAAAGCUUCUCCCUGUUAGUAUGCUUUAUAAAAGCUGCAUAUGAGGAACAGAAACAUGAAGAAUUUGAAAUAAAAAAAGCAGAAGAAAAUGCAUAAAUAGAACAAACUGUAUAAAUACAAUUAAAU